AUGGCUCCUAACGUCGAGGCUGAAGCGCCUCACAACAGCUUUGAUACUAUCCUCGUUCUCGAUUUUGGCUCCCAAACGAGCCAUCUUAUCCUACGCCGACUUCGCGCUCUCGGCGUCUUCGCUGAGCUGCUCCCAUGCACCACCAAGAUCGCUGAGCUGACUUGGAAACCCAAGGGAAUUGUGUUCUCUGGAGGUCCUUCCUCUGUCUACGACGAGGGCUCGCCCCAUGUUGACCCCGCUGUUUUUGAUCUUAACGUGCCUAUUCUGGGUAUUUGCUACGGCUGCCAGGAGAUCGCUUGGCGAAUUGACUCAAAGAAUGUCGCACGUGGAGAGGCACGAGAAUAUGGCCACGCCGACGUCAAAAUUACUAAGGUUAACAGCAAUGUCGACCGACUUUUCGCUGGUCUCGGCGAUGAGAUCCCUGUGUUCAUGUCCCACUUCGACAAGCUAGUCUCCCUGCCUACAGGAUUUGUCGUUGUUGGUGCCACCACUAACUCAGAGUACGCCGGAAUCGCCCACGAGGAGAAGCCUAUCUUCGGCGUCCAGUUCCACCCUGAGCUUGAACACACACCCCGCGGAAGCGAUAUCCUCCGCAACUUCAGUGUUGAUAUCUGCGGAGCUCAAGCGAACUGGAAAAUGGGCGACUUCGCUGAGCUUGAGAUCGCUCGUAUCCGCGAGCUUGUUGGUGAGCGUGCGCUUGUCCUCGGUGCCGUCUCGGGUGGCGUCGACAGCACUGUAGGAGCGGCUCUCAUGCGUGAGGCUAUUGGGGACCGUUUCAAGGCUAUCCUCAUCGACACAGGGUGCAUGCGCCUUAAUGAGUGCGAGGUUGUUAAGGAGACGCUCGGAAAGCAUCUUGGCAUUAAUCUUACAGUUGUUGAGGCCGGCGAUCUGUUCAUGAGUCGUCUUGCCGGUGUUGCUGACCCUGAGAAGAAGCGAAAGAUCAUUGGAACUACUUUCAUCGAUCUCUUCGAGAAAGAGGCUAUCCGGAUCGAGAAGGAAGCAGAGAACACCCCUCACUCCGGGAAGGUGGAAUUCUUCCUCCAAGGCACCUUAUACCCUGAUGUUAUUGAAUCUUUAAGCUUCCGAGGCCCUUCGGCCACUAUCAAGACUCACCACAACGUUGGCGGUCUACCAGAGCGGAUGAUGAACGGACAAGGUUUGCGUCUGAUUGAGCCGCUCAGACUUUUGUUCAAGGAUGAAGUUCGGGCAAUUGGUCGCAAGCUCGGCAUCCACGAGUCGCUCGUGAACCGACACCCCUUCCCUGGUCCUGGUAUUGCCAUUCGCAUCCUCGGCGAUGUUACCAAGGAGCGCGUGGAGAUCGCUCGUAAGGCCGACCACAUCUUCAUCACCAAGAUCAAGGAGGCCGGUCUUUACAACCAGAUUUCCCAAGCCUUCGCUGGUCUUGAUACUAACCGCAGUGUUGGUGUGUUCGGUGAUCAGCGCGUUUGGGGUUACAUCGUGAUUCUCCGUGCUGUCACCACUAAGGAUUUCAUGAGCGCAGACAUCUUUGACUUCGAUACCGCCUUCCUCAAGGAUGUUUCGCGCACUAUUUGCAACCAGGUUGAGGGCGUGGCCCGUGUUGUCUAUGAUUUAACCUCCAAGCCUCCCGGCACCAUUGAGCUGGAAUAA